CCUGACGUGUGCAGCAGCCACCCUCAGGCGAAGCUGGGAGAUUAUAUCAGCUGAUGUUAUCACAAAAUUUUCGCGAAUUUCUUUUUUACCGUUCCCACGAACGGAUAUAACAGAGCAGAUUUAAUUCACCUGUUGCCGUUUUCCGCAUUUACUUCUUUAAUAAAAUUACACUACUGUUACUCUAUUAGUAAUGCAGUAUUACUGAUUACUCGUUGCAUUCUUAUAUCUAUCAAAUUGUCAUUUCCUUUCGCUACAUUUUCAAAAGCAUUGCAGACCAUCCAAGGCGGAACAGGUCAGUUUUUCCCUCCACCUAAACGAUUUGGUUUGCUACUGAGUAAGAUUGUGGGUUCCUUUUUCCGCCAUGGACUUAUCUGCAGCUGAUCAGACCGACAAAAGCCGUCGGAGACAACAUAAAAAGUUUUGCUUCGAUCUGUAUCCUUUGGGAAAGAAUUUGUCAGCAGCAUCUGAUGAGCAGCGUACUUUCGACCGAGAAUGGUGGCACAACACAAUCGUUUACCAAAUUUACCCGAGAAGCUUUCAGGACGCCAGUGGAGAUGGAAUUGGAGAUCUUGCAGGUAUCACAUCACGUUUGCCUUAUCUGAAGGAACUCGGUAUUGAGUCAAUUUGGAUAAGUCCGUUUUAUGAAUCGCCCAUGGAAGAUUUUGGCUACGAUAUUUCGGACUUCUGUCAGGUUGAUCCCAUAUUCGGAAAGCUUGCCGACUUUGAUCAGCUGAUCAGUGCAGCACAUUCACUGGGUAUCUAUGUGAUCGUGGAUUUUGUGCCAAAUCAUACGAGCGACAAACAUCCGUGGUUUGAGGCCAGUCGGGACAAUCGGAUCAAUCCAUACGCUGAUUACUACGUAUGGCACAGCGGCGACACUUCCCGGUCUGUGAAUAGGCGCGGCAUUUCCAUACCGGCUCCGCCGACCCUUUGGAACAGUGUUUUUGGUGGUUCAGCAUGGGAAUGGUGCGAUAGGCGGAGUCAGUACUAUCUCCACCAGUUCCUUCCGUCCCAGCCGGACUUGAAUUUCCGUUGUCCGGCUGUUGUCCAGGCAAUGGAUGAUGUUUUACUGUUUUGGUUGAAAAGAGGUGUGGACGGAUUUCGAAUGGAUGCAGUCAAACAUUUGUACGAGGUUCCUGUGCCAGAGCAUCCCCGCUCGAGGAAUUUUGAUAAGGAAAGUCAAAUGCAUAAUCAACCGGAAACAUUGGAAAUGGUGUCCCACUGGAGAUCGCUUUUGGAUGAAUACGCCGCAUCAACUUGCACAUGUCACAAGCUGUUAAACACUGAAGUUACUGGAAAAAUCGAAGAAUGCAUACCAUAUUAUCGUUGUGGAGCGGAUUAUUCCUUUAAUUUCGGCUUGUUGAGCUUGGAUAGGGAAGUGACUGGAUUUGAUAUGGAAUUUUACGUCUGUGGCUUUUUGAAGUUAUGUGGCCAAGGAGUUUGGCCGAAUUGGGUGGUGGGGAAUCACGACAUCCACCGCGUAGCAGACCGCUUCGGCAGUGAUAAAAUAGUCGAUGGAAUGAAUAUGCUCAACUUGCUCCUACCGGGAACGGCUAACGUGUACUAUGGCGAAGAACUGGGAAUGCAUGGUGCGCGGAUUGAAUUUUUCGGAGAUGUCAAGGAUACUUUUGCUAAACGAGAUUCUAUUUUCUGGAAGUUGAAGAACAGAGAUCCGGCUCGCUCUCCCAUGCAGUGGACAGAUGAGUCAACUGGCGGUUUUUCUAAGAUGUCACCUUGGCUGCCUCUGGCGGAUAAUUAUCGCGUGUGCAAUGUUGAGAUUCAGGAAACCGAACUUCACUCGCAUCUGAAUACUUUCAAACAACUUGUGGCAUUACGAAAGCACACUGCAUUCGCCAUGGGCCGCUUCGAAACCGCUGUUGCAUCCAGUAGUUUAUUUUCUUUCUAUCGCCAGUGCGGUGCUGAUAUUUUUAUUGUGAUAAUUGAUGUUCGAUUGUCUGUCGCUAAGCAAGAAGAAUGUUACGACUUUUCCAGUGAUAAAAAGGGAUCAAUGGGAGAAGUGGUUGUAUGUUCUGGCUCCUGUGCCUAUGAGAUCGGUGAUCGCAUUGCUCUGGAUACGAUUUGUUUGAAUCCUUGUGAUGCCCUUGUAGUCAAAAUAUUAGCAGUUGAUUAAAUGCUUUUCUAGAGAA